AUGGAACCAUUUACUGAUGAUAUAUACAUAAAGACAAUUGAUUAUAUUGAGUUCUGGGUUGGCAAUGCCAAGUCCUUCAUAAAGUGCUUCUUGCAACCACUGAACUACCAUCCGGUCGCCAUCAGACGCACUGAGAAGCGUGUCCAGUUCUUGUUGGUCAACUCACCCCAACUGGCCUACUUCAAGAUCAUCGAUGGCGCUCACUUGGAGUCAACAUGCUUCAUUGUUACCGCUGCGACCAGUGAGCUCGACACAGAGUUCCACAACAUGCGCCAAGCACACAAUGGUGACUUUAUCAAGAGCAUCGCAUUCAACUGCACAGACGUGGACCUCUGCUUUGAUCGUGCUGUUGCCGGUGGCGCAAAGCCGGUCCAACAACCAUGCAGCCCAUUCCAAUCGAUACGCACAGCGACCAUCACAUCACCAUUCUUUGACGUGGACCAUGUGUUCAUCAGGCGCACACUUCAACUGACCCAGCAUCAGAUUCACAACCCUUUGAUGCUGUUCCCCGACUUUGUGGAACUGUCUCGCACAAUGCCAAACACAUUCUCCAAGACCCAAAUGCCCUCGGCGCCAACGACGCUGUCACUGGAUCACGUGGCCACAUGUGUCAAGAAUGGACAACUUAUGGAGUGCAUCAAAUGGUACAAUCAAUGUCUUGGUUUCAAACUCAUGGAGAUCAUAAAGGAUGGAGAUGUACCGCGUGACAAUGACGACCAAAAGUUGAUCGAGUCAGAGAACUACUUCAACGUCUCUGUUGGAGAGGACAUUGGACUUCGCAUGGCUGUCAUUUCCAAUCAACCCGCCAGCAUGGUCACCUUCACAUUGCCCUCCAUCAUGUGGGUGAUCAGUGAGGCAGCAGUAGGUGGCAAGGGUCAAGUGGAGCAGUUUGUCAAGUUCAAUGGAGGCUCUGGCAUACAACAUUUGGCAUUCCUCACCAAUGAUAUAUUUAAGGCGGUCGACUACGCCAGACAUAACUUGAUGGAGUUCAUCGAGGCACCAGACUACUAUUACAACAAUCUUUCCAAGCGUGAGGAGUUGAAGAAGGUCCUGUCACACAUGGACAUGACUGUGAUCGAUGAUCUUAAGACACACAAGGUGUUGCUGGAUUCAGAGAAUUCCAGUGCCCCUGAUGCCAAAGAGAGUUAUAUUUUACAAAUAUUCACUAAGCCUAUAUGUGAUACACCAACCUUUUUCUUUGAAGUCAUAUCGAGAGAGAAUGCACUUGGAUUUGGAAAGGGCAACAUAAAGGCAUUGUUUGAAGCUGUUGAGAUGUCACAGCAUAGGGAGCUCAAUGAGAUCCGUGAGGUCCCUCGAGAAUGA